UCGCGAGAUCUCCCGAAGAGCUCAAAUAACGUCCCACUUGUAGCGGCAUCUUAGCUAAUCGGCGAGCGUUUCACGCGGAACGAAUUUCUUCCGUCUCGGGUUUUUGUGGACCACACGCCGAGUUCGGUUCUUUGAGCCACGUAAGACCACGCGCAGCCCGGCUUGGCUGUUUCAUGUCGGCGGGCUGAAUCGAUAAACGCUCUGGAUUUGUGGCGCUCCACCCACGCGCUAAGCUAAGCUAAGCGGUGAGCUUGUUGUCGGCGGCUCGAUGGUUUUGCUGAAGAACCUGCGGCCUCCCACCGAGGGAGUUCGGCUCCAGCAGGCCGACACGGCGGCCGUCAUGGACGGACACAAGCUGGGCAACGGGACGCUCUAUGUCGCCGAAACGCGUCUGUCAUGGUUCGACGGGGCAGGUUUGGGUUUCUGCCUGGAGUACCCCACCAUCGGCCUGCACGCCAUCUCCAGAGACGUCAGCGCGUACCCCCAGGAACAUCUCUACGUCAUGGUCAACGGAAAACUCAACGAGGACAACGAGGCAGAAAUGGCGGAAAAGGCGGCUGACGAAGAGGAUGAUGGAGUGGGGAGUGAGGAUGAGGAGGAGGAGGAUAACGAUGGCGGUGGAAAUGACGACGAGGAAGGCGGCAUCACCGAGAUCCGCUUCGUGCCCGGUGACAAAGCAGCACUGGAGUCCAUGUUUGCGGCCAUGUGCGAGUGUCAGGCGCUGCAUCCCGAUCCCGAGGACGAGGACGACUCCGACAACGACUUUGAAGGGGAAGAGUACGACGUGGAGGAGGCCGGCGUGUUCCCGUCCCAAUCAGAGCACGGCCACGCCGACAUCCCGACGUUCUACACGUGCGACGAGGGCCUGUCGGCGCUGACCCAGGAGGGCCAGGCCACGCUGGAGCGGCUGGAGGGCAUGUUGGCGCGCAGCGUGGCGCAGCGCUACCACAUGGGCGGCGUGCGCACCGAGCAGGGCGACGCGCGCUGCGAAGAGGGCAUGGAGGUGGACGCCGACCCCGAGGCGGGACAGUUCGAGGAUGCCGACGUAGACCACUGAUGGACCCCCAAGUGCAUCAUCGGGAGCACUUCCUGUUCGUUUCAGGCACUUCCUGUUUGUAGCCGCCUGUCAUCCCAACUCCCCAAACUAAUUCAUUCCCAUCAAGUUACUUUGUGUAUGGAAACAUAAAUGUGACAUUGUGGCAUCCUUUAUAGGCAAUUAUCAAUAAAAGAUGACUUUUUCUACUA